GAAUCCGGCUGAGCUACUUUGACAGCUAGCUGGCAACUUUUGGUUAGCUAGAAAGUUGCUAGCUUACUACUUGUCUGUACAUAUAUAUAUACUAGAGACACGUGAGAUAGGUACAUUUCACUGAUCACUAACGCAAUUAUUUCAGGAAGACAGGUAUACUUUAGCAAUCUUCACUCUACAACAUGAAUGAGGAAUAUGAUGUAAUCGUUCUCGGAACCGGCUUAACGGAAUGCAUCCUCUCAGGCAUCAUGUCAGUGAAAGGAAAGAAGGUUCUGCACAUGGACCGAAACCCCUACUAUGGAGCAGAGAGUGCAUCUAUCACUCCAUUGGAGGAUCUAUACAAGCGUUUCAGUCUUCCAGGAAGCCCCCCAGAGUCGAUGGGAAGAGGACGAGACUGGAGUGUGGAUCUUAUCCCAAAGUUCCUAAUGGCAAAUGGUCAGCUGGUGCGGAUGUUGCUGAUCACUCAAGUGACACGUUAUUUGGACUUUAAGGUGAUCGAGGGUAGCUUUGUCUACAAGAAGGGCAGUAUUUACAAAGUACCUGCCUCUGAAACAGAGGCUCUGGCUUCCAGUUUGAUGGGACUGUUUGAAAAGAGGCGGUUCAGAAAGUUUGUGAUCUUUGUUGCCAACUAUAACGUGAAUGAUCCUAAGACAAUGGAGGGUGUAGACCCUAACAAGUCAACCAUGCGUGAUGUGUACAAGAAGUUUGAUCUUGGACAGGAUGUCAUCGACUUCACUGGACAUGCUCUUGCUUUGUACAGAACAGAUGACUAUUUGGAUAAGCCAUGUAUAGACACAAUCAACAGGAUCAAGCUCUACACAGAGUCUUUGGCUAGAUAUGGCAAGAGUCCCUACUUGUACCCUCUGUAUGGUCUGGGGGAACUGCCACAAGGUUUUGCCAGGCUAAGCGCCAUCUAUGGGGGGACGUACAUGCUGAACAAGCCUAUAGAGGAGAUUGUGAUGGAGAAUGGAAAGGUUGUGGGGGUCAAGUCAGAGGGAGAGAUUGCACGCUGUAAGCAGCUCAUCUGUGACCCCAGUUACAUCAUGGACAGAGUAAGCAAAAUUGGCCAGGUGAUCCGGGUCAUCUGUAUCAUGAGCCAUCCCAUCAAGAAUACUGGUGAUGCAAAUUCUUGUCAAAUAAUCAUCCCUCAAAACCAGGUCAACAGGAAGCAUGACAUAUAUGUGUGCAUGAUCUCAUAUGCCCACAAUGUGGCAGCACAGGGCAAAUAUGUGGCCAUUAUCAGCACCACAGUGGAGACCAACGACCCAGAAAAGGAGAUCAAACCAGCUAUGGAUCUACUGGAGCCUGUAGAACAAAAAUUUGUGAGCAUCAGUGAUCAAUAUGAACCAACUGACAUGGGAACAGACAGCCAGAUUUUUGUGUCCCGUACAUAUGAUGCAACAACCCACUUUGAGACCACCUGUGAUGACAUCAAGGAUAUUUAUAAGCGCAUGACAGGCACAGACUUUGAUUUUGCAGAGAUGGAACGCAAGAAGAAUGAUGUGUUUGGAGAUGCAGUUGAUGAGUAAACAAGAAUAACACAAUCAAGUUAAUUAAUUUAUGUAGGCCUAUUAUGUUCAGUAUGAAAUGUAUUGAUCGAUCCUUCAGUAUUUAAGAAAGUUGCACUCAGGUCAAGAUGGCAGCAUGUUUAAAUUUGUUGACAGCUUGAAAUGUAUUACCUCUUAACUAUUGACAACUAUUGUCAUUAACAAAUGUGAAUGUCAUCUUAAGCUGCCAAAUAAUUGAUUUGUUUGGGUGGUUGUAGACUUUCCUGGAAGUGAACAUGUUUUUAACUAGAGAAGUGCAUAUAGAUUUGAUGUAGGAUGUACUGAGCCAUAAACAUGACAUGUAAAAACUUAAAAAGUAGUUUAUUUGUAAGAAGCUCUGUUGGCCCAAUUUGGAGGUUUCCAGUUGGGCAAAGAAAGUACCAUCAUAAAGUAAUGUUUUAACUAUAAAAAUCAGCAUUUUUUCCAAAUAUACAGAUUGAAAUACACUAUGCAUUGUCUGCUAUGUAAAACCACA